CUUUCAAUAUACGUUGAUAUACGUUUAGAACGUAGAUCUUAGGUCGGACUGUAUACAAAUCUAUUUCACUAGCACGCCAACCGCGUGGAGUACAAGUUGUUUACAGGAAGUAGCGAUACUUGUAUAUAUACAUUUUUUUACACACCUCGUGACUUUUUUUAAAUCAUUCUAAUUGCAAAAUUUCAAUCCACCUAUCUAAUUAUCAUCAUCCUUUAUGAAGUAAUCCAUGAGAAUUAAUACGCGUCAUACAAAAUGCCAGUGAUAAUAAUGAUCAAAAUUCGCGAAGUGACUUGACUAAUAUUAUGAAAUAAAAUUUAUUUAUUUUCACUUUUUUAUUUUUAUUUUUUUUGAAAAAAAAAAAUUAUUGAUAAAAAUCACUUACUCUUUGUGAAUAUUUUCAACUUUAUUUAAGUUAUUUAAAUAAAAAAAAUUGUGUUUCUUCUGUGAUAAUUUAUUUAGAAAAUAGUGUUUGUUUAGUAACUUAAAUUAUGGGUUUUGAUCCUGUUUCCGAAGAUCAACGGAAGCAGUUCUUCCGGCAAGGAUAUGGAUCUCAUCUACCGGGAUAUACCGGACACUGUCCUACCCUUAAAUUUCGAUUCGGUAAAGGAUUUGGAGCUUGUACAGAAGAUAUAAUGAAAGAACUAUUCGAGAAAAAUAUCUUGAAGACAGGACCAUACAAACCAAAUAUUGCAGCCGAAGAGUUGAUAGUCAUUCCCAAUGAGAAGGACAUUAAAAGAGAUUGGAAGAGUGACGCUCAAUAUUUUAAAUCAACACCGUACAUCUUGGGAUACACAGGGUAUAUUCCUGGGUUCAAUAACAAAUAUGGCCUACCAUUCAUGAGGGCUGUUGAGGAAGGCGCAAAAGACUGGCGUGAUACGCAAAGUAAAUUACGAGCACGAAGAGAUUCAAUGAGAGCUUACGCGGAGAGAAGAGAUCCACGAAAUCUCCUGUCGCGAGUGCGACAGGACAAUGUCCAGGUUGAAAAAGACCACGGUCAUCACCAUCAUCAUCACAAGGAGAUAAAAUUUUUUGGUAACUCUUUAAAAAAUCAUUACGUGUCACCGGAAAGACCUCCAAUUGUCGGGUACACGGGACACAUUCCAGGGGCAAAGGGCGAGGUCUCCCUUUCAAAAAGGUACACCCAAGCAGCGAAAAAGGGUUUGGAACUUCUUCAAAAGGAUCGCGAGGAUCGAUACAGCAAAAUUAAAGAUUCAAACACAAUUCAAAGGGUUUUGGAAGCUAAUUAUCUUGAUGAAACCGGACACACGCGAGCCUAAAAGUCAACUUUUGCGAAAUUCCAUAAUUAUUCGCCCUAAUAUCAAAAACUUAUUCGCGAUAAUCCCUUUAGACUCGUAUUCAAAAAGACAAAAUCAAUUUCUCUUUACAAUUUUUUUUUCUUCAUCAAAAAAAUUCUUUUUGAAACCAAAACUAAUUUUUCCUUUAAAGCAAUUUUUAAGGAAUAAAUAAUAAUUAAAAUAAAU